UCCCCAAAGCCAUGGCCAAUUCCCUCUGGAACACCAGGGGCAUCUCCUAUCAAGGGUGUGCUGCUCAAGUUCUCUUUUUUGUCUUCUUCUUUGGCUCAGAGUAUUCAAUUCUAACUAUCAUGGCCUACGACCGCUACGUUGCCAUCUGCCAGCCCCUGCACUACGGGAGCCUCCUGGGCAGCAGAGCUUGUGCCCAGAUGGCAGCAGCUGCCUGGGGUGCUGGAUUUCUCAAUGCUGUCAUGGAAACUGCCAAUACAUUUUCCCUGCCCCUGUGCCAAGGCAAUGCUAUGGACCAGUUCUUCUGUGAGAUCCCCCACAUCCUCAAGCUCUCCUGCUCCAGCUCUCAUCUCAGGGAAAUUGGACUCAUUGUGCUUAUUGUUGCUUUAGGCUUUGGUUGUUUCAUUUUCAUUGUGGUGUCCUAUGUGCAGGUCUUCAGGGCCGUGCUGAGGAUGCCCUCUGAGCAGAGCCGGCACAAAGCCUUUUCCACGUGCCUCCCGCACUUGGCCGUGGUCUCACUGAUGGUAAGCACUGCCAUAUUUGCCUACCUGAAGCCCCCCUCCAUCUCUUCCCCAUCCCUGGACCUGGUGGUGGCAGUUCUGUACUCGGUGGUGCCUCCAGCAGUGAACCCCGUCAUCUACAGCAUGAGGAACCAGGAGCUCAAAGAUGCCUUGAGGAAAGUCUUUGGAUACAUGCUCAUCCAACAUUGA